CUAUGUUCUGCACAUGCUAGGCUUUGCCCUCAAGCCAUGGUCGCUUCGAAGCUGUGCUCUUUCAUCGCGGUGGUGCACUUUGCCUGCGCCUUGCUGAUGUUCUUCAAGCCCGGCGGGGCAGAGGGACGCUGGGGUGCCCACGAGUUGGAGACGCCGCUGCCUGAGCCGCAGAUUGCACUGGGAGCCAUUGGCAUCAAUGCGAAGCUUGGGAUCAAAGUGGAGGCCAUGCGCCGGAAGCUGCGGGCGGCGGACCGGCAGGCAGCGUGGGGCUUCCUUCUGCUGGCCUUUUGGGCGCAGGAUUUGGCGAUGAACAAGCACUACUUCGACAGGUUCGUGGAUGGCAAGCGGUUUGCGCUUGCGCUGCUACUAUGGCACGGAAUGCUGCUCUUCAAUUACGUGUCGCCAAGCGCGCUGAUCUCGUCGCGGAAGCCACUGCUGACCUGGGAGGAGAUGUUCUUUGUCGUCAUAGCCCAAGUUGUGCUGGCCUCCUCAAUCGCCUACUUGGUUCUCCUGCUGGUCUACUGGAGACUGAGCGUCUGGCUGGAGUGGUGGAGGAUGGCAGGAAGCCUCAGAAGCACGGAAAGCACGGCAGCGCAGUCAUGACGGACCAGGCGUUGACGCUGGUGUCCAUGGCGCCCUCAGCACCUCCGCCGCCCUCAGCCCCGCCGUUAGGCUCAUAGCCAAGCCUCGAGGGCAAAGGAGCCAUUCCGGGGCCCCUAGGCCUACUGUUUUUUUCCUCGCCCCGAGUAUGUUGACUAUUUGGGGGGAUCAAAGUCGGCUUCCGCCAGGAUCUGGCAGCCCAGACGACAAGCUUUUAAGAAGUUGAGGGACCA